UCCAGGCCUCCACAAGCAAUGCUCUCAAAUGGCGUCGUUCCUCGGUCGCAUCGCCACCAAACGGCGUCAUCGUCCCUUUCCUCCCAAAACCCUAACCCUAAACCUCGCCCCAAACCCUAAUCCUACCACUGUUCUUGCCCCAUCCUCCGCCCCUGGUCUUCCCGCCGAUCUCACUCCCGAGACCAUAAUCUCCACUCUCCGGCAAUGCUUCCAAUCCAGCAAUCCCCAAUCUGCCCAAAGCUUCAUCCACAUACUCCUCCAAUCCCCCCACCCCAAGCUCUGCCCAUCCUCUCUCGCCGCCAUGAUCCACGUCUCCAUCGUCAACCGCCGCUCUUCCGACGCGCAGUCACUAAUUCUUCGCCUCGUUCGCCGCCGUGGCAUUUCGCGGCCGGAAAUCGUCGACGCUCUGCUCGCUUCUUACCGUGAGUUCAAUUCGAAUCCCUUGGUGUUUGAUCUCUUGGUCCGGACCUACGUGCAGGCGCGGAAACUCCGGGAGGCGGCAGAGGCGUUCCGGUUACUGAAAAAGAAGGGCUUUUUUGUGUCCAUCAAUGCUUGCAAUUCUUUGCUUUCUGGAUUGGUCCGCGCGGAUUGGGCGCAGAUGGCGAUGGAGAUUUACGGGGAGGUUGUUCAAAUGGGGAUCGGAUUAAAUGUUUUCACUUUGAAUAUCAUGGUCAAUUGCUUGGGUAAAGAAGGGAGAUUUCAGGAGAUUGAUGGUCUCUUGUUGGAGAUGGAUAAAAGAGCGAUCUUUGCUGAUUUGGUGACCUAUAACACUUUGAUUGAUUCGCAGUGCAGGUGGGGGCACUUGGAAAAAGCUAUGGAGGUGUUGGAUUUGAUGGUUGAGAAGGGGCUGAAGCCUGAUGUUGUGACUUUCAAUGCGCUUUUGAAUGGGUUUUGUAGGAAAGGAAGGAUUGAGAGAGCCAAGGAGUUGCUCCACGAGAUGGAAGGUGUGGGAGUUGUGCCAAAUGGCUCCACUUUCAACAUUUUGCUCAUGGGUUACUGCAAAAAGGGCAGCUCAAAUGAAGCAGUGAGUGUUUACUAUGAGAUGUUGAGUCGUGGGAUUACUCCUGAUUUGCUUAGCUUUAGUUCGCUGAUUGGUUUGUUUACGAGGAGAGAAGAUAUGAACACAGCAUUGAUGUACUUUAGAGACAUGAAGGGCCGGGGAUUGGUUCCGGAUAAUGUCAUCUAUACGAUGAUUAUUGGAGGGUAUUGCAGGAUUGGUUUGAUGUCAGAGGCUGUCAAAAUGCGAGAUGAGAUGGUAGACCAUGGCUGCAUUGUGGAUGUUGUCACUUAUAACACGCUAUUGAAUGGAUUGUGCAAGGAGCGGAGGCUUGCGGAGGCUAAUGAGCUUUUUACUGAAAUGAGUGAGAGGGGAGUAGCUCCUGAUUUUUGCACUUUCACAACUCUGAUUCAUGGAUAUUGUAAAGAUGGUGGUGUAGAUAAAGCUCUCAAUCUGUUUGAGACGAUGCUUGGAAGAAAUGUGAAGCCAGAUAUUAUCACGUAUAAUACUCUGAUUGAUGCAUUGUCUAAAGAAGGGAAUGUGGAGAAAGCUACUGAGAUGUGGAAUGAUAUGAUUUGUCGGGGGAUUAAGCCAAAUCAUGUUACCUAUGUCAUUCUGAUUGACAGUCACUGUUCUAUUGGGCAAGUAGCCAAGGCAUUCAGGUUAUGGGAUGAAAUGAAAGAAAGAGGAUUAUCACCUUCUGUAGUGACACAUAACUGUAUUGUUAAAGGUUAUUGUCGAUCAGGCAAUUCAUCAAAAGCAGAACAGUUUAUGCUUAAAAUGAUUGAGGAUGGGAUUUUCCCUGAUAGGAUAACAUAUAAUACACUUAUUCAGGGGUUUAUAAAAGAAGAGAAGAUGCAGGAAGCUUUUGCUUUGGUUAAUAAAAUGGACAAGGAAGGGGUGCCACCUGAUGUUGUGACAUAUAAUUUGCUUAUUAGUGGGUUUUGUGGAGAAGGAAAAAUGCAACAAGCUGACUGGGUCUAUCGGAGGAUGGCUAACAGUGGUAUACUUCCUGAUAGAGCUACAUUUAUGACUUUGAUUAAUGGCUAUGUUGAAGCUGAAAACUUGAAAGAGGCUUUUCGGCUUCAUGAAGAAAUGCUGCAAAGAGGUUUUGUGCCCGAUGAUAAAUUCUGAGAAUUUUCUCUGCACUUGCUGCUAGGCAUGUACUCUGGGCCUCCGGUUUUAUUUGAAGCAUUUCUCCAACUGAGAAGCCAGGCCUAUUCCCAGACUAACCCUAGAAGACACUGGCUAUGAUUCCUUCAUGAGUAAUGCGAUUUCAUCCGAACUCGUUGUUCGAAUUCUUUACAUGAAUGACAUGGUCCGCAGAAAGAAUAACUUUUGUAAUUUAUUACAACGUGGUUAUAAAUAGCAACCAGUUCUUGUAAAGAAUUCAGACAACUAGUUCGGAUGGAAUAGCAUUACUCUUCCUUUAUUAUUCCAUGAUUGGGGAAGAGCUAUAUAAUUACAAUAAGAUGGCACAAAUUGUCACUUGUGUGCAGCAUCCACAAAUAAUUCAGGCUGUUUGCAACUUCAAAGCAGUGAGACCAAAUCUUGCUAGGACUUCAACAAGACAAGAUCGUAUCACUUAUCAGCAUCAAGCAAUUAAAAGCCGGCACUAGCAUGAAAUUUUAAUGCGGAAGAAGAUAAAUCACCGAUGUUUCAGGGGAAGCUCAUGAAACUUCAAUCCAAAAUUAACCUUAAAAUAAAUACCCCUCCUCUGACGCUACCUUGUCUUUGUGAUUUUGAUGUCUUAAUUUUUUUUGUAUUUAUAGCCAAUUUUGUUUUAUCAGCAGUAUGUCAUCUUUGAAAAAAUACAAGUUCAAGUAAUUAUGCAGAUUACUGGCUUGCAAAGUAAUACAAAAGUUUUGAAGGGUCAAAGUUGUGUUGUAGGAAAGAAUGAUUAUUUUCUUGUUAGUUGUUGAAUGAACAGGCUUAUACUAAAAAGUCAAAUUUGUGACAUUAGAUUGAUGAA